GUGUACGUUGGUGAGCUUCCUCAGGACUUCCUCCGCAUUACCCCGACCCAGCAGCAGCAGCAAAUCCAGCUGGAUGCCCAGGCAGCUCAGCAGCUCCAGUAUGGGGGACCCCUGGGCACCGUGGGCAGGCUCAGCAUUACUGUGGUACAGGCAAAGCUGGCCAAGAACUACGGGAUGACGCGGAUGGACCCCUACUGCCGGAUCCGCCUGGGCUACGCCGUGUACGAGACCCCCACGGCCCACAACGGGGCCAAGAACCCCCGCUGGAACAAGGUCAUCCAGUGCACUGUGCCCCCCGGCGUGGACUCCUUCUACCUGGAGAUAUUUGAUGAGCGGGCGUUUUCCAUGGACGACCGCAUCGCCUGGACACACAUCACCAUCCCUGAGUCUCUGAAGCAGGGGAACGUGGAGGAUGAGUGGUACAGCCUGAGUGGAAGGCAGGGGGAUGACAAGGAAGGGAUGAUUAACCUGGUGAUGUCCUACACGUCUUUGCCAGCUGCCAUGAUGAUGCAGCCCCAGCCAGUGGUCCUGAUGCCCACUGUGUAUCAGCAAGGAGUUGGCUAUGUGCCUAUAGCAGGGAUGCCUGCAGUCUGCAAUCCAGGCAUGGUACCUGUGGCAAUGCCACCUCCUGCUGUCAACCCUCAGCACCUGUGUAACGAAGAGGACCUGAAAUCUAUCCAGGACAUGUUUCCCAACAUGGACAGGGAAGUAAUCCGCUCAGUGCUGGAAGCCCAGAGGGGGAACAAGGAUGCAGCUAUCAACUCCUUGCUUCAGAUGGCUGAAGAAUCAUAGAUCCCUGCUCCUGCCUAGCCCCCGGCCUCAAUGCCACUUCUUUUUACUUGCCAAGCCAGGGAUUUAGCUAGAGGAAAAAAUUCCCAGCAGCUUUCUGUUAGUGCAUCCUGUGUGCAAGAUAAACCCCUUUUCUCCUUGGACAUUUGGAUCUUUUUCACUUUCUU